CUGUCGGGUCCGCGCUUUGUUGCGAAAGCUGGGGGCGAGGUCCUGCGGUCCGUGCGCACUGCGCGGCCAGACGCUGCGGGCGGGGCGGAGGAUGGAGGCGGUAGUGUCCGCUGCAACGGUCGGGGCUGCGCGUGAGAAGGUGGCGGUGUAGGCGUCUAGGCUACGUGGAGGCCCGCAGCAGCGGCCAGGCCAUGGCGGGAGUCUGUCUCGGUUGGGCUCCCUGAGGUGCGCUCCCUGAAGUCCUGGGGAGCUGUGACUCAUGGGCUCGCUGAGCAGCCGAGUGCUGCGCCACCCGGGGCGAGCCGGACCCCAGCAGGAGCCGGGUUCUGGGACGGGGGCCUCGGCCCGGAGGCCGGAGACUGGGGGCGACGCGGCCGGCCACGGCUUCUGUUACUGUCCGGGCAGCCGCAAGCGCAAGAGGAGCAGCGGGGCUUUUUGCUACUGUCACCCCGACUCCGAGACAGACGAGGAUGAGGAGGAGGGGGACGAGCAGCAGCGGCUCCUCAACACCCCUCGAAGGAAAAAAUUGAAGAGUACAUCCAAAUAUAUUUAUCAAACAUUAUUUUUAAACGGUGAAAACAGUGACAUUAAGAUUUGUGCUCUAGGGGAAGAGUGGAGCUUACACAAAAUAUAUUUAUGUCAAUCUGGCUACUUUUCUAGUAUGUUCAGCGGUUCUUGGAAAGAAUCCAGCAUGAAUACUAUUGAAUUGGAGAUUCCUGACCAGAAUAUUGACAUAGAAGCACUGCAAGUGGCAUUUGGGUCACUGUAUCGUGAUGAUGUCUUAAUAAAGCCCAGUCGAGUCAUUGCCAUUUUGGCAGCAGCUUGUAUGCUACAGUUGGAUGGUUUAAUACAGCAGUGUGGUGAGACAAUGAAGGAAACAAUUAAUGUGAAAACUGUAUGUGGCUAUUACACAUCAGCAGGGACCUAUGGAUUAGAUUCUGUAAAGAAAAAGUGCCUUGAAUGGCUUCUAAACAAUUUGAUGACUCACCAGAAUGUUGAACUUUUUAAAGAACUCAGUAUAAAUGUCAUGAAACAACUCAUUGGUUCAUCUAACUUAUUUGUGAUGCAAGUGGAGAUGGAUGUUUAUACAGCCCUUAAAAAGUGGAUGUUCCUUCAACUUGUGCCUUCUUGGAAUGGGUCUUUAAAACAGCUUCUGACUGAAACAGAUGUCUGGUUUUCUAAGAGGAAAAAAGAUAUGUAUGGGUAUACCUUCCUUGAAACUGAGCAAGGAAAACCAUUUGUGUCAGUAUUCAGACAUUUAAGGUUACAGUAUAUUAUCAGUGAUUUGGCCUCUGCAAGAAUUAUUGAACAAGAUUCUCUGGUACCUUCAGAAUGGCUGUCUGCUGUGUAUAAACAGCAGUGGCUUGCUAUGCUCCGGGCAGAACAAGACAGUGAGGUGGGGCCUCAAGAAAUCAAUAAAGAAGAACUAGAGGGAAAUAGCAUGAGAUGUGGUAGAAAGCUUGCCAAAGAUGGUGAAUACUGCUGGCGGUGGACAGGUUUUAACUUCGGCUUUGACCUGCUGGUAACUUACACCAAUCGAUACAUCAUUUUUAAACGCAACACACUGAAUCAGCCAUGUAGUGGAUCUGUCAGUUUACAACCUCGAAGGAGCAUAGCAUUUAGAUUACGUUUGGCCUCUUUUGAUAGCAGUGGAAAACUAAUAUGUAGUAGAACAACUGGCUAUCAAAUACUUACACUUGAAAAGGAUCAGGAACAAGUAGUGAUGAACUUGGACAGCAGGCUUCUGAUCUUCCCUUUAUAUAUCUGUUGUAACUUCCUGUAUAUAUCGCCUGAAAAAAGAACUGAAAAUAAUCGUCAUCCAGAAAAUCCAGAAAACUGAGGAUCCCAUCAGUUGGAAGCAGUAGCACUUUGAAAACUUGUUUGGCCAGCUUUAAUUUAAUGGCCCUACUGAUAUUCACAUCUAAGGUGACUAAUAAUGACAAAGGCCUUAUGAACUGUGCAGAUAAUACAGAAGACUAUUCUGAUCAUCAUUACAUUUCUAUGCAUAUGUGAAAAAACAUUUUAAAGCCAAGAAAAUGUCUGUCAAACCAUUUCUGUUAUAAAGAUGUUGUUGAUUCAUGCUUUUUAAUUUGACAUCAGUAGAAAAUUGCUGUAGGUAAAUUUCACAAUUCUCUGCAACCAAAUAUAGGUUUAAUUUUUAGCUUGAACUUUGAUCCUCCUACCUAAUGUUAGUAAACUUCAGUUAUCCAUCUAUAAGUUUUAUUUUUAUUUGGUUUAAAAAAUGCUAAAGGAGUAAUUUGGCCAAUUAUAAAUACUGUUUCAAUUAGUGCAUUUAAAGCUGUCCUUUAAUUUUUUUCAACUGCUCUUUAUGAUUCCUCCUCCUAGUCCAAUAUUCUUCUAAUCUAUAUAUGUUUUUAAUCAUUAAAUUUUUUUUCACAGUUUUGAAGACUAAGCUGAGGAACUUUUUAUUUAACUUAAGCAUUUCCAUACUAUUGUAUUUUGCUUUUUAUUUAGCUUUCUUAGGAUUUUAACAACAAAAAAAUCAGCUUCAGACUUUCAAAUGCACUUGGGAGUGGUGGUGCCGGGAAUCUGAGGAUAUUCUUUUGCCUUACAUGGCCUUUUCUUUGACAUUCUGUACAAUUUUAUUAUAAGGUCAUAGAUUAUUUAUGGACCAGAUAUUAUACUUUAAACAUUUCCAUAUUCUAUGAUCUUUAGAAUUAUUUAUGUUCAAAUUUUAGUUGGGAAUCCUAUUUUCUACUUAAGCUCAGGACUCUAUAACCUCUGAAUUGAGUGCCUUUAAGUUAUACAUGCUAUUAGAAAUCUCAUAGUAAAUGUAAAUAAGGUUGGAGGAUAUCAUACAGAAGCUGAUAAUAAAGCAUUAAUGUACAAAUAGAACUUAUUUUUAUCAAAAUGAGGUGUACAUUUGUCAUGAUUUAUAUAUGUUGACUGCUUCUGUUUAUUGCUAUUUCAAAAAUAGCCAUGCUCAUUAUCUUUCAAGUCAUAGUGCUUUUUGUGGUUAAUGUCUAUUUUUAGUAUGUUUUAAGAAUUGGAAAUACCUUUAUGUAUCUGUACAAGUAAGAAAUACCCAUUUGGAAAAAGAAUAAAUAAGCUAUUAUAUAAAAUGAAGGAAAAAAAGCCUUGGUGGAAGCCAGAAAUUUUUUUCAAUUUAGAUUUUUGUUCCAAUUAGAUUUAGCUUUUAUAAUUUAUUGCUAGUUUUUCUUCCCUUGUGAUACGUCCACAGAUUCAUAAGUCACUUUUGUCCUUUCAAAAUUCAUCCUCAUGGGGAAUUUAAAGGAAGCUUUUGAAUGUCUCCCUUAUCUCCACCCCCAGAACUGUAGUUUAGGUGUUUUAAUACAAUAAUUUGGCUUAUCAAGAGGCUGCAUUUCUUGUUUUUGUAUUUGGCUAUAAUUAUAUCUCUUUCAAGAGAUGCUUUUGUUUUUUUACUGUCUUACUAUAACAUCAGAGAUUCCUUACCUUUACGUAUUUAAAGAUAUAAAUACCAAUCUUAAAUUGAAUUAUUUGAAUAAUUGAAGUUUUACAAACCUUGGGAGUAAAGAUAAAAUUCGAGUAUAUUAGUAAAAAAUUACUUCAUUUCACUUAUAUGAGUCAAUCAAAUUGGAAUUACAUAUGGUUCCUGUCCAUUGAUUCUUUCCUUGGCCACGUUGCUUAUGUCAUUCAUAAAAUAAUUAUUUCUUCAGUCACAAGUAAGCUGUGUUCUCAUUGGAGAAAUUGAUAAUUGUCAGCUAGUACUUCACAUUGAUAGUAAAGAUCGGCUUUUGUUUUCUUACCAAACACUUUAAUGUUUGCAUACUUUUCAUUCUUUUUACUUGGAAUAUUUUCAAUAAAGUAUUAAAAUUGCCAGCUAAAGUAUCAUAAACCAUUACAUAUGAAAACUUU